UGAUAUGCAUAGGGUGAGAUAUUCAUGUGAUGCUGUAGGAUGCCCAUUUAUAUGCCACAUAUCUGAUGAUGACACUACUGUUGGGGUGACUGUUAAGACUUUAAUUCCUCAUAGUGAUUGUGGUGUAGUGUAUGCUAACCCACUGAUCAACUCUAGUAUCAUAGCUCAAUAUUUCAAGGGAAAGUUACAAGAUGACCCAAAAUACAAGGUAAAAGAUAUGAGGGCUGACUUACAUAGAGUUUUUGAUUUAAAUGUAAGUGAAGGAAAAUGUAAAAGAGCCAAAAGAGAGGUCCUGGAAACUCUGGAAGGUUGUUUUACAGAUAAUUACAAAAAACUAGAGGCCUAUGCAAAUGAAUUGAGAGAAUCAAAUCCAGGACGUGAUGUUGUGAUUAAUUUGUCCAAGGAGGCGCUAGCUCAAGGUAAAAGGAAAUUUCUAAGAAUGUAUAUUUGUUUCAAGGCAUUGAAAAUGGGUUUUAAGGAAGGGUUAAGACCAUUUAUUGGGUUAGAUGGUACAUUCCUUAAAGGAAAAGCCAAGGGUCAAGUAUUGGUUGCUAUUGGUCAAGACAGUAUGAACCAAUUUUACCCUCCAGCAUGGGCAGUGGUUGAUAAAGAGACCAAGAGGACUUGGAGCUGGUUCUUACAGCAGUUGCAACACUCACUUGAACUCCAUAAUGGCAAAGGAAUAACCUUCAUAUCAGAUAUGCAGAAGGGACUGCUUGAUGCAGUAAAGAAUGUAUUGCUGAAGCACAUCAGAGAUUUUGUGUAAAGCACAUUGAGGCAAAUUGGUGCAAAAGGUGGAGUAAAGGUGAGUUGAAGAAGCUUCUGUGGUGGGGUGCAUGGUCCUCCUAUGCUGAGGAGUUUGGAGACCAACUUGAACAGAUGAAGCAGUUGGAUGAACCUGCUGCAAAGGACUUAAUCAGCAGGUAUCCUCCAGAAACAUGGUGUAGAGCUUAUCUUGAUACAGUCUGUAAGAAUCAAGGAGUGGACAACAAUUUUACUGAGUCAUUCAACUCUUGGAUACUUGAGGCAAGGUAUAAGCCCAUCAUUGGGAUGUUGGAUGACAUAAGGAUUAAGGUGAUGAAUAUGUUGAGAGAAAAUGAUGAGUUUGUGAAUAAGUGGUAUAGUUUGGUCAGUCCUAAUACAAUGAAGUUGUAUAAUGAAUAUUUGAAAAUAGCCCAAGUGUGCAAGGUCAAUGGCAAUGAAGACAAUGGAUAUGAGGCAACAGAAGGACAUGAUAGACAUGUGGUGAAUUUGAGGCAAAAGCGGUGUACUUGUAGGACAUGGGACCUUACUAGAAUCCCAUGUCCACAUGCAAUCAAGGCCAUGAUUCACAAGAAAGUUGACCCUAUUUCUGAGAUACAUUGGUAUCAUAGCAAAGAGGCAUUCAAGCUAGCAUACAAACACAAGUUGCAGCCAGUUAGGGGCGUACAGUUUUGGAAUGUUGACCCUUCUCAGGCCAUGGAACCACCAGCUUUGGUCAAACUUGCCAGCAGACCUAGGAUUAAGAGGGAUAGAGGGAAAGAUGAGGCCCUUAAGAGGCAAGGUGAAUGGAAGCUUUCAAGGAAAGGUAGAGUGAUGACUUGUAGCAACUGUGGAGAGCCAAAUCAUAAUGUUAGGGGCUGUGGCAAGGUAAAUUAACACAUCUAUUAACUGUUGUGUAUAUAAUAUUAGUAUAAUUAACUGUUUUCUAAUGAUUUUUUUUUUUUUUUGCCUUUUUGUAGCCAAAGAAAGGCAAGCAACAAGCUAAGAAAAAGCAGCCUGCUAGGGGCAAAAAGAGGCAGACUCGGGGCUUAGUUAAUGAAGAUGAAAAUUCCCAAGUUGAAGAAGAAAUCAACUUAACAGCCCCCCAACCAACCCAAGACAGUCAGCCCAUGCCUUGUGACUUCAUGCCUACUCCAGUGCAGUACGGGCAUCCUUCAGUUGAGGAAGAUGAUGAAGACCCUUUUCUAAGGCCCAUAGUGAUUUCUGAAUUUUCCACAAGACUUCAAAUGAGGCAGAAAGCACAAGAACCAACAGGUAGAAGGGCAAUAAGCUUUAGAGGUGACCACAAUGGUGUUAGUGAGGCAACCAAUCUUCCAGUCUCAUUAACAAGCUUAACUUGGCAAGGAAAUGAUGCAGUUACUACCAGCCAGUUGGAGGCUAAAGCUCAAGAGAGGAUUGGGAAGUUGAAUCCAAGAAGGGGACCUAACAAUUGAUUUAGCUUUAUGAAAUGUUAUUGUUUUUUGUGAAUUAUGGUGAUGUAUUUACUGCUUAAGACAGUACUCUUAAUUUGCUAAUUAUGUAAUAGUCAAACUAAAUGGAUGCCACAUUAUGACUUGGGGUGUAUUAGUUUUUGGGGUUAUAGUGUGGCAUCC